UCGGCGUCUGUAGCUAGCUGUAAUCAGGAAGCAUAGGCUACAUCUAUUGCUCCAAAUACAGAACCAUAUUUACAAUAAGAUAAUAUAAACUUGUUUCCAGUUGGUUUGUAUUUCGAAGUUCAUUGCAAUGCGCCGAAGGACUGACGGCCACGAAGCCAGCGGAGAGGCAGCAAAACCAGUAAAGACUCCAAAUCCGGCGGCAGCAGGGCAGCCCAGGUCUAGGUCCGAAGAUGCAGGUACAACUAGUACCUGCUGGUCCACAUUGUUGACGGUGGGUAAAUGUCUGCUCCUCGUCAUCUUCAUCCCUCCGUUCCUGAACUAUGCUUCCCUGCAGAGAGAGGGCCAACUGCUGAUGCCCAAAGAAGGUCAGUUGGUAGACGUUGGCUUGGGCCAGACCAUGCAUAUGAUGUGCAAAGGACAAGGACAACCAGUGGUCUUGCUGGAUGCCCCAACUGGUAUGUCCUCUGAUGUGUGGCACUACAUACAGGAAAGCAUAGCACCACUCACCAAGGUGUGCACCUAUGACCGUGUGGGCCUGGGCUUCAGCAGGAGGUUCCUCCAGAACGAAACCAUGGGAACGGAGAAGGUGUGGGGCGUGUCCACCUCAGGACGGAUGGUGGAUGACCUCCACCGCCUCAUCAAGACCACCGACACAGCCACGCCCCUCAUCAUGGUGGGCUCCGAACUGGGAGCGCUCAACGCCAGGUUCUACAGUCACAUCCACGACGCGCAAGUGUCUGACCUGGUCCUAAUUGAUCCCAUCCCAGAGGACAUCUUUGAGGAGGACCAGUGGAAUCAGCACUGGUACAGCCACACAGUGCCAUCCCUCCAGGCCAUGCAGCUGUCUGCGGCCACCGGGCUCAGUCGCCUGCUCAUCAUCCUGGGGCUGCUGCGGCCUCUCAUCACCGGAGACAACAUCUCCGAAGACCUGCUCCAGAGACAGAAAUACCUGCUCAGUAACCCCGCCCAUCAGAGCAGUGCUGUGGACGAGCACUACUUCCUGAAUGAAAGUGCCUCUCAAGUCAGGGACAUUUCCAAGUUCAAACCCCUCUCCAGUAGAACAUCUGUCAGUGUGAUCACUGGAGACUCGUUUGAUGAGAAGAUUCCAGCUCACCUAAACCAGAUGGUAGCCAAGCUUCAGAAGGACUUCCUGGAUCGGUACUACCCCACAGCCAAUCACUUCCAUGCCCAAGGAGGGGACCGACGAAUGCUCUACAAGAAUCCGUCUGUCAUAAGUAAAUACCUCUGGCAACUUGUUGCUCAGCGACAGGCCAGACGAAAAAGCCAGUGAUUGGCUACUGAAGGUGUCUGUUCAUAGUUCUCCCUGCAGUCAGAGAAGCCAUUGGUCAAACCUACGUACAAUUUUCAGGCUCCUGGUAGUAUGUUUUAUUGUGCCUUUAACAUAUAUAAUAAAAAAAAUAUAUAAAACAAUUUUUAUAUGAGAAA